AUGCCGCCUCCACCGCUGCAGCUCCACCCGCGCCCUCACACAGACACAUCCACAUCCAACCACCCCAGUCUCAAGCUCAACCUCGUCCCCCGUGGUAACGACAACGAAGCAACACACAUAACCAACAGCGCCAUCUCCAUUCCCUCGACCUACGGCCGGACAACCAACCCACCAAACCCAGGCGUCGUAGUCGGCGCGACCCUCGGCGCAGUCGCCGGCUUCUUAUUACUCCUCUACCUGCUCUACCUCUCUCUCACAUCUGGCCGACGCUUCAGUCCGUCCACGAUCGCCGCUACCUCUACCACACCCUCUGAAAUCGUGGAUGUAGGGUUUCGGAAUCGACGCGGACCGGGGCCGAGAUCAGGUCUGGGUUCACGGAGAAGACGGGCGGAUGAGAUUAUUGUUGAGGAGGAUUUGACGAGUCAUUCGCAUUCUCAUGGCCUUGGCGAUGAGGGAGGUGUGGUGGAGGUUAUCGAAGAGGAGAGCGUGGUGGACCCGCCACCUAGUUCGAGAUACCGGAGUCGAUCGAGAAGUAGUAGUGAGACGAGGAGUCGGAAUGAUCGGUAUAGGAGGGGAGGGAGCGAGUUUAGUGGGAGGUCUUGA